UCCCUCUGCCCGGGGUUCUGCAGGCCGGGCGGGCGUGCCGGGGAGGAGACGUCAAACGUUUCUCGUGGUAGAAAAGUAUCUCGGAGGGUUACGUGUCUGUUUUCUGAACGCUCGUUGUUGCCAUCAGUACGGCAACUUCAUAGAUGAUUUACGGCUCUAUGUGAGAGGAGGAACUGGUGGAAUGGGUUAUCCUCGUCUAGGUGGGGAGGGAGGGCGAGGUGGUGAUGUCUGGUUCGUUGCCCAAGAAAGAACUACCUUAAAGACCAUAAAGGACAGAUAUCCCCAGAAGAGAUUUCUAGCUGGAACAGGAGCCAACAGCAGUGUUAAAGCACUAAAAGGUGAAAAAGGAAAAGAUUGUGAAGUGCACGUGCCUGUGGGAAUUUCAGUUCUUUGUGAUGAUGGCAAGCAGAUUGGAGAGCUUAAUGCAGCAGGAGAGAGACUCCUAGCAGCUCGCGGAGGUCUUGGAGGCUCUUUGGCCACAAACUUCAUGCCUUGCAAAGGUCAGAGGCGGAUUGUUCGUCUUGAUUUGAAACUUAUAGCAGAUGUUGGCUUAGUUGGGUUUCCAAAUGCAGGAAAAUCAUCCUUGUUAAGCAAGAUUUCUCAUGCCAAACCUGAGAUUGCAAAUUACGCAUUUACAACAGUACAGCCUGAACUAGGAAAGGUCAUGUAUGCAGAUUAUAAGCAGAUUUCAGUAGCUGAUCUCCCAGGACUGAUUGAAGGCGCACAUGCAAACAAAGGGAUGGGCCACAAAUUUCUCAAACAUGUAGAAAGAACCAAACAGCUUCUCUUAGUUGUUGAUAUUUCUGGGUUUCAGCUGUCUAUUAAGACUCGGUUCAGAACAGCCUUUGAAACUAUAUUGCUUCUAACAAAGGAACUGGAGCUGUACAAAGAGGAACUUCUAACAAAGCCUGCACUUCUUGCCAUUAAUAAAAUGGAUUUGCCUUGUGCAAAAGAUAGCUUGAGUGAACUUAUGAAACAGCUACAGAAUCCUCAAGACUUCUUACACUUACUACAGGAAGAAAUGAUUCCUGCAAACACACUUGAAUUCAAAGAUAUAAUUCCUAUAUCUACAUAUACUGGAGAAGGAAUCGAGGAACUAAAAGCAUGUAUAAGAAAAUCUAUAGAUGAGGAAGCAGAGCAGGAGAAUGAAGAAUAUCGGAAAAAGAAACUACUACUUUUACAAACUUCAGAAGAAGGACAAGUGAAUAGAAGCUAGCAUUCUUGGCUGGAUCCAACGCAUUUUAGUAUUUUUAGUAUGUACAUGAACCCAUUGCUAUGCAGACCUUCCAUUUAAUUUUUGUUCCCUCUACCACCACUGCCCAGUUCUCUGCUUGCCCCACCAUUGUCUCAAUUUCUUUUGGCACUUGGGUAGAGCAGAGUGGGGAAAAGAACGGGUUUUUCUGAUUGACAUUGGCUGCUGACUCAACAGAGUAAAGACCACAGCGUGUGCAACUAAGAGCACUGCUUAACAACUGAUGAUCCCUGGAAUAUUUUUUGCCAAGUUAGAUGGAUGGAAGGAAUAUAACCUGCACAGGUAGCAAAGGAGCAAGUU